AUGGGAAAUCCUCCUCUGAGAAAUCCCUCCCAUAGCUUCUGCCAGAUCUGCGGCUUCAGUCAGACUAAAGAGAGCACUGAUGCCCUGAGAAACCUUUUUUCAGUCAGUCAUAGUCUCUGCUCUUCUCCAGUUGAGUUCAGCAGCUCCAGUCAGCACCUGCUCCGAGCAAGGAAGUCCUCAUCUCCUUCCCACUCUAGCCAGCCCCCUGUGUCAAGCCACAUCCAGCCUGACUUGUCUACCAGUGAACCUCAGGAGU